AGAGCAGUCGUGCGCGCGCCGUCCUCGUGCUCGGACGGCUCUCCACCCUUUCCUCCCCUUCGCGCGCCCCGAGGUUUCCCCUGUAUCGCGGGUUGCGUCGGCCGGUCCAACGGAAAGAGGAGCACCCGUCCGAGGAGAUAGAUAUCGAAGAGAGUGCGGGCGCACCUGUGGAGAGCGAGAGAGAGGGUCGCGAGUGUGACGGCUAGCUGUGCCGUGCCGAUGAGUCGCGGCCGGGCGCGACCGCGAGCCCCCAUUGGCCCGCCCGGUGUGACCGCCGAAACUCGCCGGGCGAGCUGCCCUCCUAUUGGCGCAGGCCCCGGUCCGGCGAAAAUCUGGAGGCACGCGCGCUGCCUGGUGGAUGUGUACUCGUGCGUGUGAAGUAAGGUGCGAUCCGCCGGAAGGGCCCAGUCGGUCGCGGGGCGCGGAGGUGAACGGUGCGGCUGCCGCUGAGGGAGCGGGACGCCGCCACGGGCUCCGGCAAAAUGACCGUCGCCGGGAAGAGGUAUGUCGACUGCACGGUGCUGGGCAGCGGAAGCGGCGCCGAUGCCGAGGACUCCUCUUACGACAGCGACUACGAGGCCGAGGACUCCCUGGGCUCGACGGCGAUCCAUCCCCAGCUGGAGUCGCAGGUCUCGCCCUCGAGCCACUCGGACGUGUCCAGGACCACCUCGGACACCUUGGCGGCCGAAUUCGCCGAGUACGUCACCGUCCAAGGACCCUCGCCUAUCCAGGGCCCCGGUUACACGGCCAGGGUGGAGUUCGCCCUGAAGCUGGGCUACACCGAACACCACGUCCAGGCGGCCCUGUUGAAGCUGGGCCCUGACCCCGAGCAGAACGAGCUUCUGGCGGAGUUGAUAAAGCUAGGGGCAAGUUGUCCGAAGCUCAUCGACACCCUCGACGAGCCGGACGGCCUGCUGGAGGUGGACGUCAACGGCGAGGACGUCGGCGCCCUGUCGACGGGAUUGCGACCCGUCGUCAUAGACGGCAGUAACGUGGCCAUGAGCCACGGGAACAACGAGAUCUUCUCCUGCAGGGGCAUCAAGAUCUGCGUGGACUGGUUCAGGGCGAGGGGACACAAGGAGAUUACCGUCUUCGUCCCCAAGUGGAGGAAGGAGGCGUCCAGGUUGAACAAUCCCAUCGCCGAUCAGGAGAUUCUAGGGGAGCUCGAGAGGGACCGGUUGCUCGUCUUUACGCCCUCGAGGCUUGUCGGCGGCAAGAGGAUGGUGUGUUACGACGAUCGCUACAUCCUGCGACUCGCCGCAGAAUUAGACGGCAUCGUCGUCAGCAACGACAACUACCGGGACCUGGCGCAGGAGAGCCCGGACUUCCGGAAGGUCGUUGAGGAGAGGAUCCUGAUGUAUAGCUUCGUGAACGACCGCUUCAUGCCGCCGGACGAUCCUCUGGGUAGAAGUGGACCUACCCUCGACAAUUUCCUCAGGAUAGCGCCGAGGAAGUUCGACCCGGCGCCUCCUUGUCCGUAUGCCAAGAAAUGUACUUACGGCAACAAGUGCAAGUUCAGGCACCCGGAGCGAGGGCCAAAUUCGCAUAAAUCGGUGACGGUGCGCCUGGUGGAGCACGCCCAGCGUCAUCUCCAGGCUCGGGGACCUAGUCUGAGUCUGCCCUUGCCGUCCUCCGUUUCUUCCGGGUCCUCUAGCUCUUCCGGGCCCUCCUCCGGCAUCGGCUCGCAGCAUCAGCCUCUAGGCAAGGCCAGGUUACCGCCCACGUCCGUCCAAUCGUCGUCUCCUGUCCCGAAGAGCAGAUCCGUGGAGAACGUCACCGUAGAUCCGGUCUCCACCUCGAGUCCCACCAACUACGCCCAGCAGAUACCGCCCGUCCAAAACGCCCAAGGGUACUCCUCGGCAGUGGGAUGGACGUCGCCCAGGAUCGGGAAUCCAGAACCAGAACCAGCGAACAUGCACAGGAAACUGCAGCGUCAGCUGACCUUGAAUCCCGCCUGCGACCCUCGACUCUACCAGCUCAGGAGGUACCUCCAGCAGCAACAGCACCCGCCCCAGCAGCAGCAGCAUCCUCAGCAUCAGUCUCUUCAGCAACAGCCGGUCGUCCCUCCUGCGCGUUCGGCGAUCCAACACAGGCCAUUGACGAGACACGCCAGCAACGAGUCGUCCUAUCCUGUGUCGAUGAGCUGGGAGCACCCGGAACAUCAUCAUCAGAACGUGACUCGCAUAGCCUCGGCUCCUGACUCGUAUCGGGGCUGGCCACCUAGAAACGGCACCAACGUCCAAAACCAGUCUCGAGGUCAGCGUUUGGGCACUUCCGAGCCCCAGCUGAACCUGCUCCCGUCGCCGCCCUCGGCCCAGGGCUUGCACACCUGGGGAACCAGCCAGACCCAGGACGCUCGGCGCAAGCUGCACUACCAUCUCGCCAACAUCUUCCCCGAGGAGCAGGUGCAGGCCGCCAUGGCUCUUCAUCCCCACGAGACGGACCCCCAGCAGAUCUGCGCCGCCAUUUUGGCGAUGUUCCCCAAGACUUAGGCACCCAGACUGGUCCCUGCGAGACGCAGCCCCUCGUGGCCUUGGGAAUCGUCGGGACGAUUUUUGUUCUUUCUUUUUUGUUUCCCCUAACUUAUCAGGAUUAAGUCAACCGUCCUAGCUCCUCUCGUUACAUCAGGAUUUAUUGAUUUCCUUUUUUUUCUCGAAGACUAGCCCAAGGGACGCGGGGGUUGCCGUCGCGGCGAAGAAUCCAAAGACACCGAUACACGUUGAUCCGAUUUCAUAGUGAUAAGCGAUGGCACUGACUUCUCAUUCACUUCUUUCUUCCUUGUUUUUUAUUUUUUUUUUUUUGUUCCGUUCGAAAUUCUCGAGCUUCACGGAAACUGAAAUAGAUAUUGCAGAGAUCGCGAGGGCCUAAGACUUUUUACAGGGUUUCUAUGGGCGAAUCAAGGAGCGAGUCCUGGAAGAGGGGGAUUCCUCUCCGGAAACGCGGAUAUUCAGUUUGUCGCGUUGAAUUUGCGGGGAAACGCGUGGGUAUAUAUAUAUAAUUCUUUUUUUUUACACGAUGCCGAAGACCCGGUGAUUGGAGGGAGGAAAGUUGAGGCCCGAAUUAGAGAUGAGCGUCGAGGUAACUUUAAUGACUUUUCGGGAUAUUCGCGCUCAGAGGUAGGCGAGAGAAUCGAGUCACUUUUUUUUGUUUUCUCCCUCGUUUGUCACAUGUAAAUAUAUACACGCGCGCGUGCAUUAUUGAAUACGAGUAGAUAUAUAUGUGGUAUAUGUUAAAUACAUUGAACGUAUGUUUAGACUAUUCGACAAGUUCUGACCGAGGAGCGCCGCCUCGUUUUUUUAAACGUCAACGAGUGAGAUCGUCGCCAGCCCUGCGACUGCACAUACACGUUAUGUAUAAGAUAUACAUAUAUAUUUUUUCCCAUAUAUUUACAUAAGCAUGUACACGGAGUACGGAUAUGUGCUGCCACAAGGAUGAGCGUAGGUUAUUUAUAUCGAGGGCCCUUUCGCAUAAAACGGUACUCCGGACCGUAACGUGAAGUUCUUUGAAAGUAAUGUACAAGAAAAAAAAAGGAAAAAAAAAAACAGUGCAAGGAAUAGAAAAUAGCAAUAAUACGUACAUUAAUGUUUGAAAUCACUCUGAGAGUCAUUGUGGAGGAUUCGGGGCUCUCUUCGAAGACUCCUGCGACACAUGUGAUAAGAGUGCGAAAGUCGUCCCUCGAAGAGGAACCUUGCGAUAGCCCUGAAAAGCAACGUCAAAUUAAGGGAACGAAAAAAGAAAAAGUAGAGGGAAAAAACAGGACGCAAAUGUAGCUUUCAAUCGGUCCCUAGAUCGUAAGCGAACAAGACUUCCCCUCUGAUAUUUUAGAUAAUUUUCUCGCGUGGAAAAAAAACAAAAAACCAGGAGAUCCGCCCAGCUCACAUUGAGUCGCGCGCGACUUCCCCCCCUUUUUCAUUCUUCUUUUAUUUUUUUCUCUCCUCUUUCUUCCUUACCCUCGUCGCGUCAGCAUUUAGGAAUAAAUGGAGAAGUCGCGACGUGAGGGAUUUUUCGAAAGGAAAACUGACCCAUGUACAGGGCUCACCGGAAUGUUAUUUUUCCAGAGCGAGCUGUUUAACAUUUAAGCCGCGAUUAGACGAACAUGGUCGGCGGAGGAUGAGGAUUCCUUGUCGGAAAUCGCAGAACCGCCGAGAGCGAACAAACCGCGAGUGCUCUUUCCCCCAUUUAUAUAUAUAUAUAUAUACAUAUGCAUAUAAAUUAUUUCUUAUACACUAUUUAACGCGGAAGAUGCGAGUAAUAUAUGUGUAGCAUAUGUCGAUACGUGUACGAAACCGAGUACGCGGAAAGUCGAGCGCCAAGGGCCACAAUACCAUGUAUUGUUGCGAAUGGAAAGGGAAGCUCGGCUUAAAGAGACGAGAAAAUAUGUAUAUUAAUAACCGACCUAGGGUACUGAUCAAGGAAAUGAAAUAUGUCCCGACGAGAUGACAGAGGCGCGGAUUAAAUUCCCCAAAGUCGCGUUUUCAAGGAGAUCGUCUCUGGCCGGGAAGCGCGAAAAUUUCCACGCCGUGGAUUUGCAUCCCUAAGGAGAGUGACAUAAUUGUUGUGCGUCAUAACGCGUCCCGUGAAGCAUUUGUUAAACAAAACGAAGAAAAAGAAAAAUAGGCGUAUCCGUACGCGACGAAGCAUACAUUCGAUGUGCGAUACUCGCGCCAAUUUAUAUAUACAUAUAUAAAUAUUAAUCUCGCGUAAAGUUCGAGAACAUUCGAGAGUUACUUCGCGAAGAAGGGGAUUCGCGGAGUUUCCGCCACUUAUUAUUUUCUUUCUUUCAUUUUUUUUUCUCUCCUUCUCUAAUGUACAUUAAAUACCCAGCGGAGGGACGAUUGUUGCUUAAUGAUAAGCGAUUUAACCCUAAGAGGCCCGUCGAGAGGAUUGUCAAGCUCUGGUGUCAGGGUGUAACCUCGGUAUAUCUGGGAAAAGGGGGGAAUUUUCACUUUUCCGAGCACACAGGACUUUUCCCCGAUCGCCCCGCGAUCGGUGCUAAUAGCGUGCGAGACACUAUAUUGUAUAUGACCAGAUUUGUAUCGAUGUUAUUGCAAGUGGAUUGUGAAAUAAAUGUUUUCCUUUUUUC